CGUGGUAGUAAAAUCUACCGCUAUUUUGUAGCGUAAUUCUCUGAGCCAUUAUUUAUUCAUCACUUCUCGGAAACAAGGGGAGAAUAACGCAUUAUCAUUCCUUCAACCUUCAUCUUCUCUUCUGAAGAUCUCUUAUUAAAAUUUUGAUUUCGUAUUCAACUUUAUUUUCCAGAACCAAAAUUUCAUCUGUAAGGAAAUUAAAUUGAAUUAUUUUUUGAAAAAAUUUUGACUAUUUUUUUUUGCAUUAUAUGAUUUGCUUGACAAGUCAAAAAUUGUGCAUAUCCAAACGAUUUGAAUCACAUUUCGGUUUAUAUAUCCACACAAAAUUACCAAAACAAAAUUUGAAGCUAAAUUGUGUGGAUUUUCCUGAAUAUUUAUCCGAGUUGAAAUUGUUAGCGUUUGGGAUUAGAAGGAGGAGAAGAAGAGGAAGAGGAACAACAACAGCAGCAAUGACGGUCGCGGUUGAAGUAGCGAAAACGAGCGAAGCUACGAUAAUUUUAACAUCAGGUGCAAGCGGGAGACUCAGUGCCCUAUUUUCAUUACGGGUGCUGAGGAGCUUGUUCCUUUUAAUUAAUGCUUUCGUGUUGUUAUUGUUAUUGCCAUUUCGUGGACGGAGGAGGAUGCCGUCACCGGCGACGAUGAUGGCGUCGUCGGGAUCGCAGAGCGGCGGCGGGAAGGAGGAAAAGGCGGUGGUGGAGAGGAAAGGUACGGUGGUUCGGGUGCCGUCGAAAAUGGUGCCGAGGAAGAGCGCGGUGGAGCAGGAGGUGGCGGCGAGAAGAUCGCUAGCCAUAAGGAGAGUACUUCAGGAUGACGAUAGAGAGACGUUGAGGGAAUUUUCACAUUUUGUUACGUUUAGAGGAGAUACCAUGUUCACGCAAUCAUGGACACCUCUUUCCUUCAAAGUCAGGGGAUUGGUUUUCUUGUUGCACGGCCUCAACGAACACAGUGGCCGAUAUGAUGAUUUUGCCAAGAAGCUAAAUGCAAAUGGCUUUAAAGUUUAUGGAAUGGAUUGGAUUGGACAUGGUGGAAGUGAUGGACUGCAUGCAUAUGUUCCUUCUCUUGAUGAUGCUGUCAAUGACAUGAAACAAAUUCUGUCAAAGAUUUUAGCUGAAAAUCCUGGACUUCCGUGCUUUUGCUUUGGACAUUCGACUGGUGCAGCCAUAAUCCUCAAGGCAGCACUUGAUCCAAAGGUAGAAUCUAGGAUUGAUGGUAUCGUACUGACUUCACCUGCCGUAGGAGUUCAACCAACUCAUCCGAUUUUCAAGGUACUUGCUCCAAUUUUCUCAUUUCUAUUCCCAAGAUACCAGUUCAGUGCAGCAAACAAAAGGGGUGUGGCAGUGUGUAGGGAUCCAGCAGCAUUACUGGCCAAGUAUUCAGAUCCACUAGUGUUCACUGGAUCCAUUAGGGUAAGAACAGGCUAUGAGAUCCUUCGAAUAGCUGCUUACUUGCAACAAAAUCUGUGCAAGUUGACGGUACCAUUCCUAGUUCUUCAUGGCUCUGAUGAUGUAGUGACCGACCCUGAAUGCUCUAAGAAGCUCUAUGAAGAGGCUUCUUCAACUGAUAAAAGCAUCAAGCUGUAUAAAGGGCUGUUGCAUGACCUGCUUUUUGAACUUGAAAGAGAAGAAAUCAUGGAGGAAAUAAUCGACUGGUUGAGCCAAAGAUGUUGAAUUGUUAAAACGACUAUAGUGAUAUGGUUCAAUCGGGAAAGAGAUUGGGCUGGGGGCGAAUGCUGAAUCCGAAGAGACUAGCCGCCGUCGAGAGGAUGCUCAAUUAGUUUUAAGCAUGUUAAUACUUGGUUGAAGCCUGUAUUAUUAGAUGUUAUGUAAACUAAUCCAAUACUCAGUUACUCAUUUUUCUUGGGAAGGACUAUUCGAAAGCAAAGUCAUUUUCCUCCGUUUUGGUCAAGACAUAACUGUUUUCUGUGAAAUGUAAAAGGUGGUUUAUUAUUUA